AUCGGAAGUUUACGGCCUAGUUCCUCCCCAUACUUCACCACAAGCCACCUCAUUCACCUUGUAGACACCGCCAGGCUCUUCGCCUCACCCAGCUUCACCGUUACCAUCAUCACCACUCUUUCCAAUGCUGCCCUGUUUCAAGCCUCCGUCAACCGCGAUAUAGCCGCCGGCAAUAAAAUUACCGUCCAGACCCUGAGGUGUCCAUCCGCAGAAGGGGGUUUACCUGAAGAAAUCGAGAAUUUCGGCACAGCCGAUUCGAUUGAAAUCGCAAUCAAAGUCUCCCAAGGUGUCUUCCUCCUCCAGAAACCGAUGGAGAAGUGGAUUCGCAAUGGUCGCCCUCACUGCAUCGUCUCCGUCAUGCUCUACCCUUGGACCGUGGACAUCGCCGGGGAAAUGAAGAUUCCGAGGCUCAUGUUUUACGCGAACAAUUGUUUCUACCACUGUGUCUACAACAACUUGAAGCUCCACGCUCCUCAUGAUAAGGUAGAAUGCGGCAAGAAGAGAUUUGUGAUUCCUGGACUCCCUGACGAAAUUGAGAUGACGAGGGCUCAACUAGAGGAUUAUCAUUCGGUGGACGAUGAAUUGACGAGAUUGUUUACUCUGGCAAAAGAAUCAGGGCUACGAAGCUAUGGAACAGUCUUUAACAGCUUCUAUAAGCUCGAACCCGCCUAA